UUGCUUCCACUUCAAGCUUCCUGGUGCCGAGGAGGUGGCGUGGACUUGUUUCCGUGCGCAAGGCAUCCAGCCAGCCACUGUAGCUUUCUCUUUGUAGUCUUUGUGAUACGCAUUUUUUGUUUGGAUAUACGAUUUCACCAUGAAGACCGCUAUUGUUGCCUCCCUUAUCGCCUCUGCCGCCGCUUUCGCCCCGGCGUCUCAGACAGAGCGCAGCAGUGCUUUGAUUGUAAAGGCGGCUCCCUUUGCCAAUGAGAUCGGUGCCAUACAGCCUCUAGGAUACUUUGAUCCUAUGGGCUUCUGCUUGGAUGGCAACAAGGAGAAAUUCGACACUUAUCGCUACAUCGAAUUGAAGCACGGACGUGUUGCUAUGCUUGCCGUCGUUGGAUACCUCACCACCUACGCUGGUAUCCGAUUCCCCGGUGCCGAAGACAUCCCCGCAGGAUGGGCCGCUUGGGCUGCUUGCCCCAAGGUGGUUCUCGUCCAGAUGGCCUUCACCAUUGGAGCCAUGGAGGCAUUCAACCGUGAUGCCAGUGAUAUCUGGCCCGAUUGCCCACCAAGUGAGUUCCCUGGUGACUUCCGUAAUGGACACAUCGAUUUCGGAUGGGACAAGCAAACUGAUGCCUGGAAGACCAACAAGCGAACAAUCGAGCUUAACAACGGACGUGCUGCUCAAAUGGGAAUCUUUGGACUUAUGCUCCACGAUGCCAUGGGUAAUGUUAACGAACUCCUUCCUUUGGCUAAAUAAAUGGAAAGCGUACACCCUUGGAGUGAUUGCCUUGCUUUUACAGUAAUGUUACAUACUAGAGACCACCUUUUUCUCCUGU